AUGCUCCUGGUUACAGUGCUCACCUCAGCCCUGCUCCUCUGCUCCGUGGGCGGCCAGCGGUGCUCCACCUUUCUGGCGAUCAGAGACAUCAGCCACCUCAUCGAACAGCUGCAGGGACAUCCACCUUCGAAAUGUAGCUGCAGCGCAAACGUGACUGAUUGUUUGUGUCUUCCCAUCCCUUCUGAGAACUGCACCACACCAUGCUUCCAGGAGGGGCUGUCACAGAUAACCAACAGCACAGUGGAAACAAGAUUCAUCCUGGUUUUCAAUCGGGUGAAAAGAAUGGUUGAAUCCCUACAGAAGAAGAAGUGUCAAUUUUUUUCCUGUGAACAGCCGUGCAAUCAAACCACGGCAGGCAACACACUGACUUUUCUGAGGAGCCUCCGGGAAGUUUUCCAGAAAGAAGGGAUGCGAGGCGGAGUAUGAAGACCAAAUAUUAUUUAUUCUAUUUAUUGAAUUUAAAUGCCUCCUCUUUAAAUUGUUGGAAUUAAAAAAUGAAGUAAGCUAC